GCGGGUUGUAAUCUUCGUAAUUGCAUUAACUUUCCACUCAUGGUUAGACUGUCAAAUCGUACCUUCGCUUAGAGGCUGAGUCAAGUGCAGCGGUUCCAGGAGUUCUGCGCGAAGUUAACCGCAGCAUGAGUUGCAGUUCAUCAUCGGCAGUGUUGUCACGGGACUUCUGCUGAAGAUGGACUGCUCAGACGACGAGCAAGUACUAAGUCCUGCUGUCGUUCAGCCAGUGCGGCGGGGGCGUUCCAGUAACCUGGAGAUUCCGGUAUUUCUUCUGUUCUACGCGUGGAAUGUCUCAACCCCAGUGCUCACCGACCAGAUCAUCUACCAGGCCUGCACGGUUUCGUUGGCCGCCAACGUGUCCGACUGUGCCAAGCUUGGCCACGAACAUGAAUCUCCCGAGGUGCUCGACCUGGAGGCCCGUGUCCAACCGUACACGGCGGACAUCCUGAUGGUGGAGGCCCUGUCCGAUUCCAUCCUGCCAGCGGCGUUGAAUCUCUUCAUUGGGCCCUGGUCCGAUCGGUACGGCCGAAAGCCGGUGCUGCUGUUGACGUUUUCCGGGUUUGCGCUGUCGCUGGCGAUGAUUACGGCCUUCUGCGGGUGGUCCCGGUGGUACCCGCUGGAUCCGUGGAUUUACACGUUUGCGUUCAUACCGUCGGCGCUGUCCGGAUCCGUGUGUACGCUGAUGAGCACUGUGUACUGCUACAUUGCGGACGUCACCAGUGAACGCGAAAGAGGUGCCAAAAUGGCCCUGCUGGACACGUCCCUGUACGGUGGAAUGCUGGCCGGCAGCUUAAGCAGCAGUUACAUCUUGCGCAAAACCAACGCCACCACGGUUUUCGCCAUCGCAGCCGGUGCGGUAUUCCUGGCGGUGCUCCACGUGGCUCUGAGGGUACGCGAAAGCGUUCACAUUCGGCGGCAUCGCGUUGAUGUGGGCUGCUGCACCAAGCUGCGGCAUCUCUUCCGGCUGGACAUGGUGGUGGACACGGUGCGGACAUGCUUCCAGUGGAGACCCCACUACGAUCGGGCUAUCAUUUUGCUCGGUGUGGUGGCCCUCGGGGGGAACAUUUUUGCCUUAGAGGAUACUCACACGGUGUUCUUCCUGUUUCUGCGAAAGCACUUCAAUUGGUCCGUCCGAAAGUACACAUUCUACUCCGCUACGGAAACGGUGUGCAUGAUCUUGGGUGCCCUGCUGGGAACAUACGGUCUGCGGAAGGUUCUCGGCCUAACGGAAGCAGCCAUCGCUGCAGUUGGAUUUUUCUGCUGCUUCCUGAAUGCCAUUGCCAUCGCCGAGGCCAUCCAGUCGUGGCAACUUUAUCUGGCCCUCUUCCUGUUCAUGCUGAAGGGCGUUGCCGAUCCCAUGACGCGGGCCUUCAUCUCGAACUCGACCCCGCCCGAGGACAACGGCAAGAUCUUCGCCUUUACGUCCUCGUUCGAGGCGCUGAUGCCACUGGGAGCGGCUCCGUUGUACACGUACCUGUACAAAAAUACGCUCAGCUGGUACCCGGGUGCGUUCAGCUGGAUCAGCGCCGGCGUGUUCGCGAUGUGCUACUGUUUGGCAAUAACCGUUUGCAUCUUGCGAUCAAUGUCAGGAGAUUCGCUGUAGUCCAGAUUUAUAGGAUAAGUUUAGACAAUUUAUUUUAGCUAAUAUGUUUUUAUAUGUGUGAUUUUGUUGAUUUGUUUUUAUACCUUGUUUGCAGUGUAAAUACUUUCUUAAAAUUUCGAAUAAAAAUUAGUUUUUUCAAUUCA